UCCCCCCUCAUCGCUCGGAGGGAGGGAGGGAGGGAGGAAGGGGACAUCUCCAUGUUUUUUCCCCUGGCUUUUAAAUGCCCUUUCCUCCUCCCGUUGGAAGAGUCUGGGUGGCCAAGAGAUGCCCCGGGUCGCCUUUCCCUGCUCUAGACGCCCAUUGACAAGCCACCGAGCCUGGUAGCUUUGUACUAUACAGAGAAUACCGAGGUAACUAUGCAGGCUUCUGCUGAAGUAAACAACCCUUGCAGGAAUGCAUGAUCUUUGAUUCCACUCCGAGUUGCACAUCUGCUGCUUGACAGAGAUGGUUCGCGAUGCCAGAUCGUCGCGAUUAGUAAAGAAACAGGAGAUAAGCAAAAAGAAACCAAGCCUAGUCCAAAGUAAAUCUUGCCAAGUAACAAAAGAUGCCAAGAAAACUUCCCCUGAGUCAAACUGUUCUGCAAACUGUAAAAGGUUACUGGCAGAAAAGAACGAGGGCAAGAAAAAGUCACAAGAACAUAAACCUCCAAUGAACUCACCACCAUGCCGAUUUCUCCGCAGCAGCGUCACCAAAACGUUAGCUGGAAAAUCUUGGAGGAACCUGAAAUUAAGUGAUAGCGUUCUCUUUCAUAGCCAACCUCCUUUGAACUUUACCAUGAAUCUUCGCAACAAGCCAUUUCCCCAUAGGCUGUUUGAAACGGCGGCAAUCAUGACAGCUAAGAGACGCACUGGCCUGGUAAAAAGUUCAGGGAAAAGAGAAAAGUCUGAGUUAGGAACAUCCCGUAAAAUAGAAAGGAAAAGAGUAGAAGAAAGAGCCCAGGAUUUCAAACAAGAUUGCAACCGAAAUGUUGAAUCGCAGAUUACCAAAGCAGGCAAUGCCUCGCGUGAUAUGGAACCAGACCAUCCCUCUGAAUGUGACAGUGAAGCCCAGAAGAGAGCGCCGUCUCCUGAAAACUGUAUUUCUCUUUCUUGUGCAGAUGUACCGAGUGUCUCUACUCCAAAGACACUGCAGGAGGAUGGCAAGUGUAAAGAAACUGUGCCUACUGAGCAGGCCCUGGAAGAUUUAUCUACCAAUGUCUCACGUGUAGCUUUGGCUGAGCUCGUUUCUACUCACCUACACCUUGACUCUGCCAAUGCUUUAAAGGGAUGUGAAAAUGAGUUGGGAACACUUGUGAAACCAGGCCUGGAGAAUAAUUUUAAUUCAUCUCCACCUUCCAAAGAACAUGAAGGUUCCAAAGAACAUGAAGGCUCCAAAGUCCUACCAUUGCUUGACUCCACGUUGCAACUUUCUUCUGAAACAAACACAAAGGUGCCUGAGAAAAGGCCAGCGUCUCUUACAGAAAGUCACUCCAAUGCUGCCUGUGGUUCGGUGCUAACUCCUUGUGAACCGGAUGCUAUCAUUUUGAUUACCUCAGAAUUAAUCUCAAAAUUGCAUUUAGAUGACACGUGUGCCUUAUCAGAGUCCCACUGUGAGCCUGCCAGUAGAAGAGAAUCUGAUUUGCUGCGUAUCCCAGAACAGGAAGAUUCUCCAAAAGAUCCAGGCCUUGGUGUGACAUCUUCUUUGCCAAAUGACUCAGAAUUCAAACUAGGCGACAAAGCACUUGACUUGUCAACUUCCCAAAAGGAUCAUUCAGGUCGCAAUCACAUUAAUAAAGCAUCCACUUGCAAACCUGUUUCAAAUAACGUUUUUACUCAUGGUAUCUUGGAAGACCUUGAACAGACCCUUGAGAGGAUUGCUGUUGAAACAUUGAAUUUAGAUUCAGCUACUGUCCCUGUUCUAUCACUUCAGCCAGAAAAUAGGACAUCUGAUUCCAUUUCAGUGAAUGACAAUAGCUUUAAGGACAUUUCCCAAAAAUCCUCAAAAGAUUCUAACUUGAAGUUGCCAUCUGAGGCUGCAGGGAGUCCAGAAACAAGGCUUGCGGCAGAUGGAUCCUGUACAAACCUUCAGUGUCCCUCUCUGGGACUGGGAAGUGCUGAAAAAGACACAAUCUCUGUUCAGGGCACCACAAAAUGCAGCACAAAUCCCAGUACAACUUCUGAACUAACCUCCUGGGGAAAUCCAACAAGUGCCUUUCCUAUCCUGUUUCCCGCCAUGCAACCUGUAGGGAAGAAAAAGCGAAGGCAAUGUGGAGUAUGCGAGCCAUGUUUGCGGAAAACUAACUGUGAAGAAUGCAGCUGCUGCAGAAAGCGCAAAACAAGCCACCGGAUCUGUAAAAAGAGAAAAUGUGAAGAACUGAAGAAGCCUCCCCCACCUCUGCCACCAUUAAUGUUACCCUUACAGGUGCUCACUGACAACAAAAGGCCUCAGAAGAGGAAGGAGGAAAGAGUUUCGAAGGGAGAUCUAGAAAACAAACCAGUAAAUGGCUGCAGAGCAGAUCUCAUGGAAUAUGUUGCAUACAGCCACAUCGAAAAACACAAGGUGAAAACAACCCAGUCACUGCUCUGGGAAAAUGUGCAGACAAGUGAAAAGGAAAGUAUGACUGGCUUAGAAACUGAGAAGUGGGCACACACUGAAAAGCCACUACUUAGUGUCCAUGCAAAUGGUGAUCUCUGCAGAACUGGAACAAGGGAUGAGAACUCAAAACACAAUGACAAGAAUGCAAAGGCGGUUUAUUCUUCCAAUGUAUUAGAUGAACCCAAAAAAUUACUUGCACAAACUGCUAGAAAUGGCAUUAAAAACAUACCUUACUCACCAGCAGAAUGUGACGUGUUACAGAAAAAAGCAGAUGUGGGUGUAAGAGUGAAUCUGGCAAACAGCUGCAAAGAAAGCCACUCAGGUGCCUCUUGGAGUGGCUCUUCUGCAUUGAACAAUGACAGCACUUUGCCAACUGGAACGUGUGGUGCUUUUCCAGAAAAGAAGGAUCAUGUUCUGGUGCAACAGCCAGAAAGCUCUAACAUUGUUCAGGAAUCUGAGAACUCACUUUUACAAACCAUUUCACUUCUAGAUCUGCAGGACAAGCCACUUUGCACUCCCAUGAUUGAAAAAUGUGGCUUCCUUGGUGAUGGUGCUUUAAAUAUUCCAAGAAAAGAUUCCCAACCGGAAGAUUUGUCACUUCAAUCAACUUUUUUAUCUCUUAUUAAAAACCGAAAUUUAACUGUGGAACAGGUGGUUGCGAUUGAGGCAUUAACACGCUUGUCAGAAGCUCCUUUAAAGACAUCUUCACCAGGUAAAACUGAAAGAGUUCAGUGUACAGAGCAACAAAUCUCACAUUCACUAAACAGUUUCAGGAAGGAUAAUUCAUAUUCCUUGACGGCCUCUGCAUUGAAAGCAAUUAAAGGGGCUUCCUCACAAAAAGACCAGCAGCUCUUUUCUCAUGUUCCUUCCCAGAGAAGAGUUCUUCCUAAGAGUUUGCUUUACAAUGGUCAAGGUGCUAUUUCCGAGUUUUCCAGUAAAUCUCCAGGUUCAUCUAACUUAUUGCGUCGAUUACAUUGCUCUGCAUGGGAUAGCAAAUCUCUCUCUGCUUUAGUGGCGGGUGGAAAUUCAGGCCAUGCUACCAAGAAAUAUCCUCUCCAACAUAAAGCUGCCAUUGGGCCAUGUUCCAAAAACACAAGUACUGUCAAACAGUGGAGGAACAAAGUUGAGAUGCUUGGGAAAUGGGAGGGAAAACCCGUUCAUGGCUUAAACUCAAAAAGUAAUUCUGUAAUUAGGGGCAGCAUUCAUAGCCAGGAUGAGAAGGAGGUAGCCACUCAGUUAACUCAACUGGCAGCAAUAAUUGAAUCAAGCAAAACAAGCCCUGACCAAAAGGCAUCCCUUUUCGGUCGAAUACCAUCCGAUAUGCAGUCAAAACAUAAACAGGAUCAGUGCCUAUUGCAGAAGAAACAAUCAGGGUUUGUAAGGAACAAUUACAGCUCAUUGUUAGUCAAGCAAAGGCAACCGACACGGAAAAAUGAUAAACCAGUACCAAGGGCAAAAAGGUUGAAAAAGAAGCCUCAGGUAAUAUCUGACCAACAAAAUCAGCUGCAACAGGAAUGCCAGCAUAGUGAAUUACAGGACAUACAAAAAAAGCCUUCCAAACUACACAAACUUGGCCGGAUUAUGUCACAAGACUCAAAGUUAGCUGUUUUGGGGAAAAAACCAACCAAAGCCAAGAUGCAAAAGCCAAGGAAGCGGAGUGUUUUACCAGCACAACAAAAAGCAGCUGCACUGUUUCUCCCCAAAACUCAGAUUAUAUUCCACAGGCCUUUACCCGUCUUGAUGCAAGAUAAAAUGAAAGACAAGGUGUUUGGCUGUGAAAUAGUGCCUGAGAGCACCAAAGCAGCGACUUCUGGUGCUACUCAGGGCGCCAAUACGCCAAGUGAUGCCCUGCAACAUAGUGGCCUACUCUCCGAUAAUCACCUGGCUGUUCCUUACUUAGACGCAAAGUCCUGUUUGAACCAAGGAAAUGAAAACAUACAGAUGUUUACAGAAAAUGACAAGGAUUCUCAGGUACAGCAAACCAUGAAUAUGGUUCAGAUGCAUCCAUUGCCUCAGACCUUCAGCCAAGCAGGUGACAUGUGCAAAGAUGCAAAAUUCCAGCAGCAUGUGGAGAAGCAACAAGAUCAGAAUCUGCAACCAAUUCCCAUUAAUUGUGGUGCUGUCUCUCCAGGGGAUACCAUAGAAGCACUCAGGAAUGCUACAUGUGUAAAUAAAACUAAAUUCCCAACAGGAAAAAACUUGGAAACUGAGAACCCAAAGGCUAAAGGGAACUCAGGAUGUUCUCCAAUGAAAAAUACGCUCAGUAGUUUCCUUGAAUCACCUAUGAAGUUCUUGGACACUCCUACAAAGAAUCUAAUUGAUACACCUACCAAGAAAGGGCAGGCAGAUUUCCCAUCAUGUGAUUGUGUUGAACAAAUUGUAGAGAAAGAUGAAGGGCCGUAUUACACACACCUUGGAACAGGACCAAGUAUUGCUGCGGUCAGGGAGAUAAUGGAGAACAGGUAUGGAGCAAAAGGAAGUGCUGUGAGAAUUGAAGUAGUAGUAUAUACAGGCAGAGAAGGAAAAAGUUCACAGGGGUGUCCAAUUGCCAAGUGGGUGAUACGAAGAAGCAGUGAGGAGGAGAAGCUGCUGUGCUUGGUUCGUCAGCGUGCAGGACACCACUGCCAAACGGCUGUCAUCGUGAUACUCAUUUUGGCUUGGGAAGGGAUUCCACACCUUCUGGCGGACACUCUCUAUAAGGAACUGACCCAGAGUCUCCGAAAAUAUGGCUGUCCAACCAGCCGUAGGUGUGCAUUAAAUGAAGACCGCACCUGUGCCUGUCAAGGCCUUGAUCCAGAAACAUGUGGAGCAUCAUUCUCAUUUGGCUGUUCAUGGAGCAUGUAUUACAAUGGCUGUAAGUUUGCCAGAAGCAAAAUCCCAAGGAAAUUUAGACUUCUCACAGAUGAUCAUAAGCAAGAAGAAAAUCUGGAAAACAAUUUGCAAACAUUAGCUACUGAUGUAGCUCCACUGUAUCAGAAACUUGCCCCUGAUGCUUUCCAGAAUCAGGUGGAAAAUGAACACUUUGGGCCUGACUGUCGACUUGGGGUCAAGAAUGGACGGCCUUUUUCUGGUGUUACUGCUUGCAUUGACUUCUGUGCUCACGCCCAUAAGGACACACACAACAUGCACAACGGAAGCACUGUGGUUUGUACUUUAACAAAAGAAGAUAAUCGCACGAUAGGGGUGAUACCAAAUGAUGAACAGCUGCAUGUGUUACCUCUUUACAAAAUUUCACAAACAGAUGAAUUUGGCACAGAGGAGGGCCUAGAAGCCAAGAUAAAAGCUGGGGCAAUACAAGUACUUACUGCUUUUCCACGAGAAGUAAGAAUGUUAGCUGAGCCACGCAGGGCAACAAAGAAGAAGAAAUCUGACAACAGGAAGCAAACUGCAGCAGAAAAAAAGCAUUCUACUUCCGUAAAGGGGAAAAAUGGAAUAUCUGGAAAUAACAAUAAAGCUUCACAGAAGUUAGGUAGCAAAGCUAGCACAUUGCAAGCUGGGACAAAAAUGGAGACUGGUGAUCAUCUUUCUGCCAUAAAACAUAAUUCAGACACUACUAAAAAUUGCUCUGUAUCAAAGCAAUAUCCUUCUUCCUCCCCUUUAAAGCUGGAUAGUUUACACUCUUGCUCUCCAUUAACUCACACAGCGGGUGGUAUAAUGUCAGUGACUAACGGUCAACAAAAUGUUUCGACUCCCUACGGGUAUUUGCAAUGCAGCAGUAACAAACCUCAGUUGACACCCAAAGGCAAGAGUUUUGAUGUGUCCAAUAGUGAACAUUCUGGAAUUUCAUUGGACGAAAAGAACAAUGGCCUGCCUCCAGGUCUUCAAGAUCUGACUGUUACAAAGACCACAGCCAACAGAGAGAGUCUGCAGCACACACUUGAACAAAAAGCAGCCAACAAGUCAAAUCGUGAAAUUAAAGAAAAUUCUCCGGUCUCACAGUUGGUUAAUUCUUGUGAGUCAUUAUUGCUAUCAAAUGCUUCAGAAAAUGUAGUCCGAAAUGAAAUUAAUUGUUCCCAGGAGCAUCCAGUGCAGCAAGAUGGUUUCAUCCAAACUCCAAAUUGUGCUUCUGCUGUUGUGGAUUCACAAUCAAAUAUUGAGCUGCUAAAGCACACAGAUUCUGAAGAAAAAGCAGAGGAAAUGUGGUCCGACAGUGAACAUAACUUUUUGGAUAACGACAUUGGUGGCGUAGCUGUUGCACCAUCACACGGCUCCAUCCUCAUUGAAUGUGCGCGCCGCGAACUACAUGCUACGACUCCAAUUAAAAAGCCAAACAGGAACCAUCCCACACGAAUCUCUUUAGUCUUCUACCAACACAAAAACCUGAAUGAGCCAAAACAUGGAAUCGCAUUGUGGGAGGCAAAAAUGGCUGAGAAGGCAAAAGAAAAAGCCGCUGAAAAACUAGGCAUUGAAAAUGCCAACCUCCAAGGCAAUGACAGGAGUGGACAGCAGCCCAAUGCCUCCAGAGAAGUUUUCUGUGAAGAAAGUGAAUUCAACCAAAUCCCAUCCCGCCGAGCAUUAACAGUAACUCAUGAUAAAGUCAUCACGGUGUCUACUUAUGCCCUCACACGGGUCGCAGGGCCCUAUCACCAAUGGGCAUAGGUUUUUAUAGCAACUGUGCAACUUUUGCAUUGGAGCAGUGUUGCACAAUGAUUCCUAAAGGUGCUGUUCAAGAACAAAGUCUUCUAUGGUUUACUGUUUGUUCAUCUCAACCAUUUUGAAGGCUGAGGUUUAAAAAUGUUUUUUUUUUCUUAAACUGUGACUUUGUAUAUUUUAACAUCUGGUGAUUCUCAAGCACAUUUUAAGCAAAAAAAAAAAAGAUAUAUUGUAUAAUUACAGGAUUUUGGCUAGGUUAUUAACCCUAAUUGAACUAUUCAGUUUAUUACCUUUUUGGAAUUUAUAUUUUGGUGCUCUGAAUCGUCUGUUUACUACAAAUGGGCUUUUUAUAACAGAUUUUACCAGAUUUCAUCUUUUAUGAAGUAAAAUCAAGUUAGACAGUAUUAGCUAUACACGGUUCUUGGUGCUUAAUCACAUUAAUCAGUUAAAAAUAAGCUGGUUUUAUUUCUUCAUGGUGCCAUUGCUCUAAAAGCUUCCAGACAUUGCUGUGAAGCCCAAUUUAAGGUUAAAGAAACCAAUGAUAAUUUUAUCUAUGUAUAGAUUUUUCAUAUAUGUAUGGUUUGUGUGUGAAUGUGUGAUAGAGAACCGCACAGAUUCACAUACAAACAAUAUCACUAGUGGUGGUUGGAGGUUGUAAGCUGUAAAUAGAUAUAUUUAAAAGCACUUUCUAUUUUUAAAGUUAACUUGAAAUAGUAUAAGGAUUACAUUUGCCUAAGGUUUGUGCAUUCUCUACCAAGGAAUUUAUUUUUUUCUUACUGUGUAGAGUUCCAUAUUGCUACAACAAUAGUGCAUAUAUAUAUAUAUAUAUAUAUAUUAAAAAUAAAUAGUUGAUUUUUACGCUCCCUUCCCUUUCCCCAACAGAUUCUUUGGUUUGUUUUUAAACAAAAGGUUAAUAAAUGCAGACAAUUCAAUAUUUACAAAUAUAAAUUAAGAAGCAUUUUGUCCAUACCUGUACUGCUAUGAUAUUUUGUUGUAAGAAAGUAUUUUCUAUAGGGUUUUUUUUUUAGCAAUAAGGACAUCAAUCUCUUUCUCUGUCUCUCUAAGCGGAGUAUUGCAAGUUACAUAUGACAACCAAAUGUUCCUAGAGCCUCAGGGGUAGAACUGUUAUGGCAUCUGAAACUGCUUGCCUCUAGAGAUGCCUUAUUAAUAUUCUGAGUUUGAAGAGAGAGAGAGAGACUUGCAGUAUCAGCUGUUUUUGUGGUCUAUCUGAGUUCAUUAAAAUUUCCAGAGUUUUCAUCAACUGUUGUCAAUUAAGAAGGAUUUAUUAACAUGCAGCCCAAUCCUAUCCGUGUCUACUUAAAACUGUCCCACUGUGUUCACAGAGGCAUGUUCCCAAGUAAGUGAGUAUAGGAUUGCAGCCUUAGCCUAAAAUUUUCCCAUUCCACAUUAAAAGAGAGACAGUAGCAUCUAAAUGGCUUACUAAGGCGUUAGUUCUGAUGAAAUGUAUGUAAAAAAUAAGAGGUAUCAAUAGGCAGAAGUUCACAUUGUGUUACGUCUCUAAAUGUGGUUCAGCUGCAUCAUAACUUGUGAAUUUUGUGAGGCACAGUUGCAUGAUACACAUAUUCCUCUUAGCAUGGUCUUCUCCCUCACUAUUUUCCCAAGAAUUACAGUUGUAACUUUUUAGAAGAAACUAGUUUAAUCAAACUGGGAAACAGUGGGCACGUUGUUCUUCAAACUAAUUUCCAAUGUGUAGUUUGUAUCUGAGUGUGCUAGCUUCUUCCUAGAGCAAGUAGUUCUCAGCCUAUGAGUCCCCAGGUGUUUUGGCCUACAACUUCCAGAAGUCCCAGCCCAUUUACCAGCUGUUAGGAUUUCUGGGAGUUGAAGGUCAAAACAUCUGGGGACCCACAGGUUGAGAACCUUUGUCCUAGAAAUUCGGAUAUUUCCCUUUUUUGAUUGGAACUAUCAGAAAUCUCUAUGCCAGCAUGACCAUUGAGUGCCACUGGGAAACUGGUGGAGCUGUCUUUCAAAAAGAAAAAAAAUCCAAACUCUAUAUAGGUUGCUUGGGCUUUUGAUAAAAUUCUUUGAAGGAGAAAAACUGAACAGACAUACAUCAUAGCAAACAGGAGUGGCUCUAAGAUGUUUUGCUGUCUGUGGAGUGAAGGAUGAAGUUAGUACCCACCCUGUCAACCAGACAGAUACAUUGUACUUUAGUACUUGUGGUAGGACAAGAUGCUCCACCUGACCUGUGGAUAGCAGAUUGGAUUAGAAGACAUAGGGCAAGAUGGGUGGCACACAGAGGGAUGCCCUCUCACUUCACUACAACUUCCUACUUUAUAUCUGAAAUUCAAUGCAGUAGUACAUGUACGAUGUCUCUCUCUGUUGCUGUUGUGUGAAGAGAAGUAAAGGCAGGGAAAUAUUUUAGAUUUUGAGGUGGCUACUGACAGGUCUCAGAUGGAACCCAGAUUCCCAGAUGGCAGCAUUAGGUUUUUAGUUGAUUCGAUGCUUUCAGUCUUAGCUAGCCUGAUAAUGUGGAUGCCACAUGGAGAUACUAACAGAUUUCAGUACUUGAGUGCCAUGGCUCAGUAAAUGGCCUAGGAGCAACUGUGCCCCAUUUUGCUUAAGUUAAAGGGAUGGAACUGAUUAAACCUGAGUUAAGAGGGCAGUUGGGAUAGUGUGGGAGAAAAAUCUGCCUCACCAA